AUGUUUUCGAGAGCGGUGGACGUGCUGUUUCUAGAGCGAAAGAAAAGCCUUGUCAAGGAGCGGAGCUGGAGUGCAUGCCAGUACGUCAAGGCGGACGAGCUGGAAUGGCUGGUCCUGCACUGCAACACGUUUGCAUUGUCUGGCGGGUUCGUGGAGGUCGUGCGAUGGAGACGUUUAGCUGAACGGCGCUUGGACUGGUCGUUGCGCGGCAAAGGUUAG